AUGGCAUCCAGUCUGGAGAAGCUCGCCUCCUACCUCGAGAAACUGAGCAUUGCAGAGGAGGAGUUCCAGCUGGAUUACAUAACUGAUCAGACGGAGUUGUUGAAGAGGAAGGGGGUGUUCCCCUACGACUACAUCAGCUGCUUCGACAAGCUCAAAGAGACUGAGCUACCUACCAAGGAGGAACUCUACAACAAACUGAAUGAUAGUCAUAUCUCCGACGACGACUACGAACACGCCAAGGCUGUGUGGCAAGCCUUCGACAUCCAGACUCUUGGAGAAUACUCGGACCUGUAUCUCAAGACAGACGUGCUCCUUCUCGCUGACGUCUUCGAGAACUUCAGGGACAACUGUCUCGAAGCUUACGGCCUCGACCCCGCACACUACUACACCACCCCUGGCCUCACGUGGGCCAUGCUCAAGUGGUGUGAGUCCAACCGUUACACCAAGACCAACAACCGACACAUGGGAGAGACCUACAACAAGACAGAGGAGUCCAAGUAUCUCGUCUACUACGACGUCAACAAUCUCUACGGUUGGACGAUGCGGGAGUGUAUGCCAUACGGCGGCUUCAAGUGGGUCAACGUCGCCGUCGAGACGUCUGACUUUUUCCAAGUGCCAGACGAUCAUCCCGUGGGCUACAUUCUCGAGGUCGACCUCGAGUACCCUGAGGCACUUCACGACGCCCACAAGGAUCUGCCCCUGUGUCCCGAGCGUAUGCCAGCUCCAGGCACCCGACAAGAGAAGCUGAUGACGACUCUCUACGACAAGGAGAGAUACGUCAUCCACUAUCGUAGUCUCAAACAGGCUCUCAAGCAUGGGCUGCGACUGAAGAAGAUCCACAGAGUCUUGAAGUUCGACCAGAGGGCGUGGCUGCGAUCGUACAUCGAUUUGAACAGCGAGAAGAGGAAGAAGGCUAAGAACGACUUCGAGAAGCUCCUCUACAAGCUCUUCAACAACGCCAUAUAUGGAAAAACGAUGGAGAACGAGCGCAAGCGAAUAGACGUGAAGCUCGUCACAAAGUGGGGUGGGCGAUACGGUACAGAAGCACUCGUAGCCAAGCCCAACUUUCACAGCUGCUCCAUUUUCGAGGAGAAUCUCGUUGCCGUGGAACUUGCACGCACAGAGAUCACCGUGAGGAAACCCUUGUACAUCGGUCUCUGUGUGCUCGACUUAUCGAAGUCGCUCGUCUACGACUUCCACUACGAGUACAUGCGAGACCGAGUCGGUGAUCGUUGCAAGCUCCUGUACACUGAUACGGACAGCCUCGUGUACGAGUUAACGGAUAUAAACAUGUACGAGGUCAUGAGGCAGGAUAUCGACCACUUCGAUACAUCGGACUAUCCCGAGACGAAUCAGUUCGGCAUACCUCGUGCCAAUAAGAAAGUGGUCGGCCUCAUGAAGGACGAGUGUUGUGGCCGUGUCAUGACGGAGUUUGUGGGCUUGCGCAGCAAAAUGUACAGCGUGAAGAUAGAGGGCCAAGAUGUCAUCAAGAAGGCCAAGGGUGUGAAGGCUGCCGUCGUUCGAACGACCAUCACGUUCGACGACUACGUAGAGUGCCUACGCCAGAACACCAGGCAGACACGACAGCAGUGCAACAUCCGCUCUCGACUUCACGUUGUACGCAGCGAGAAGGAGAGCAAGAUAGCGCUGAGCCCACACGACAACAAGCGCUACCUCGUCCCCGGCGAGACGGACACACUGCCCUGGGGGCACUACGCCAUAUCGGAAAAAAUGGACAUCACCAAGCUGAACCAGAUCGCACAUGGAGGCUUUUUGCCCACGAAGAAGUUCUCCGAGUGUGCGAAGAAUCAGCAACUCCUGGUGACGGCGCUGAGGAAGGUCAGCACCAAGUACGACAAGAGAGUCGUCGCGGAGCUCAACAACGAGUUCCAGAUGUUCCUACCCAGCCGAGUGUCGGAUGCACUCAAUAGGAAUGAAGACUUCUUCGAGAGCCUGCAGGAGUCUAUCCAACACUACAAGUUAUUUGUUAAAUACACCGAUCACAAUAACAUUGAAUUUAGUGAUUAA